UCUGUCUGUUUGUUUCGGAACGAUGAUUAUAAAGUUUUUCGUGUUUAGUAAACAGUCUUUAAACGGUAUUAGUCUAGUUUUACAUUAUAUUCAACAUGACUAAAGUAACAAAAAGUGAACCGCUACCUACUGUAGCACAAAUUGAUGCUGAUACUGUUACCCAACUAGCAAAUAAAUACUGGGCACCGCAUAUUUUUAAACAGCGUGUGGAGUUUGAUUCUUCGAUUAUUAAUGAUUUGUACACCGAUGAAAUACUUGGAUCAGGUUUCGCCAUCAGGAGGAUUAUGCUUCUUGAAUUCAGUCAAUAUCUAGAAAACUAUCUGUGGCCCAAUUAUAAGGAUAAUGCAUCUCAUGCUCAUAUGAUGUCAAUUGUUAUAAUGGUUAACGAAAAGUUUCGCGAACGUGUUUCAGCGUGGGAAGCUUUCAAGUCGAAACCUGAACAUUUCCCUCAAUUUUUUAAACAGGUUUUGCACAGUACUUUAGAUGAAGAGAUAUCUCUUAGAGAAAGAACGUGUUUACUUGUUUUCUUAAUUCAUUGUUUUAACAGCUGUGAAGUUGAAAUUAUUAGAGAUAAUAUUAAGAAAUUAGUUUCAUUAGGUAUAUGGACAAAUAUUCUUCCAGAACGAAGGGAACAAGAGUUUAAGAAGUGCACAUUCUUAGUAAAAUAUUGGAAUAAAAUUAAAAAAAAGGACAAAACAUUAAGUACUGAUGAGUUAGAAUGUUUGAAUUUUGAAAGGAGUUUUUUGUUUAACUUGAUAAAAAAAUUCUUUGUAGUUUUAGGCGUUAUACCUAAUCAAGAAAAAUCUCGUGAACUUGAUAAAGAAAUGUGGGAAAAAGUUCAUUAUUGUGAAAGGUUCAUUGAACUUUUGAUAGAUCUUGAAGCAUUGCCCUUAACAAGGCGUUUUUGUAAUGUACUUUUGGAUGACAGCCAUGUUGUUGUAAGGUGCCAGUUAUCUGAAUUAACUAAAAGAGUUGAGGGACGUCUCUUCACUCAGUUAUUAGAGAUUUUAAAGUUUUAUUCUAGAUUUGAAGUAAAUGAAUUUACUGGAGAACCAUUAAGUGAUAAUGAUAUGAUGUUAAUACAUUAUGCAUUAUUCACAAAUGUUCAGAAAGCAGCAUUUAAAAAGUUUCCUGAUCUUAAACAGUUUUACCUUGCAAAUGUAGCCGGUGUUGAUACUAGGCAAAACCUUGAAAAAAUUUUCUUGCCAUUAGAGAAUCGGACAUUACAUGAAAUUGCUGCUUUUGUGAAGCUUUUACCUGGUGUACUUGAUACACCUGAUGUAGAAAAACCUUAUGAUCAUCAGUUCCUUCUGGAAUUGUUAAUAUCAAAGCUCGAAAAAAGGGAUUCUCAGUUAGAAGCUUUAAAUCAAAUGCCACUAUAUCCAACAGAAAAAAUUAUAUGGGAUGAAAACAUUGUGCCAUCAGAAUAUUUUUCUGGUGAAGGUUGUCUUGCCUUACCAAAAUUAAACUUGCAGUUUCUUACUUUACAUGAUUAUUUGUUUAGGAAUUUUAAUCUCUUUCGCUUGGAAUCAACUUACGAAAUUAGACAGGACAUUGAAGAUGCUAUUAGAAGAUUGAGGCCAUGGCAGACUGAAGUUGGCGAUGUCAUGUUUGGCGGUUGGGCUCGAAUGGCACAGCCCAUAACAACUUUUUCGAUUAUUGAAGUUGGCAGACCAAAUAUUGGUGAAAAACAACCAUCCAGAGUAAAAGCAGAUGUAACUGUUACCUUGAGUACUAGACAUGACAUUAAAUCGGAAUGGGAAGCUCUUCGUAAGCAUGAUGUUUGUUUUUUUGUUACUGUAAAACCAAAAUCAUUACCUGGCACUGCUUAUGAUCCAAAAGAGCCAUUUGUGUCCCAGGUUGGCUUGACAUAUGUUAGAGGUUGUGAGAUCGAGGGUAUGCUAAGUCCAACAGGUAAAGUUAUUGAAGAAGGACCUGAACCCAAACCUGAAUUUGAAGGUGAUAAGCGAACCUUCCGAGUAUGGCUUGAUUGCAAUCAGUAUCGUUUAGAUAUGUUAAAUGCUGUGGGGGGAAAAGAAGAUGUUUAUGAAACUUUUAAUGUUAUAAUAAGAAGAAAGCCAAAAGAAAACAAUUUCAAAGCCGUUUUGGAGACCAUUCGAAAUUUAAUGAAUACAGAAUGUGUUGUUCCAGAUUGGCUUCAUGAUAUUGUAUUAGGUCAUGGUGAUCCGGGUGCAGCACAUUAUACAAAAAUUGAAAAUCAGCUCGCAGAAUUUGAUUUUAAUGAUACCUUUUUGAAUAUGGAUCAUUUGCGAAAAAGCUUUCCAGAUUAUGAGCUGCAGGUAAAUGUAGAUGAUCCUAAGAAAUUAGUACCACCAUUCAAAAUUGAAUUUCUGCCAAGUAACAUUUGUCCUAAUGAUGAAUCCAACAAAGAAAAUAUGAAGAAACUUAAAGUCACCCCACAUGUGUUACCUAGCCGAGGUCCAUAUCUAUAUGAACAGCCAAAGAAAAAUAUGGUUCAGUUUACUUCUACACAAGUUGAAGCUAUUCGAUCAGGCAUGCAGUUAGGUUUGACUAUGGUGGUUGGACCUCCGGGUACUGGUAAAACUGAUGUUGCUGUACAAAUAAUAUCAAAUCUUUACCAUAACUUUCCUAAUCAGAGGACACUUAUAGUAACUCAUUCUAAUCAAGCCUUGAAUCAACUUUUUGAAAAAAUUAUGGCUUUGGAUAUUGAUGAAAGGCAUCUGCUUCGUUUAGGUCAUGGUGAAGAAUCAUUAGAAACUGAAAAAGAUUUCAGUCGAUAUGGACGUGUGAACUUUGUCUUAGCUAAACGAUUAGAAUUGUUAAAUGAAGUGAAAAGUUUACAAGAAAGCUUGAAUGUUCCUGGUGAUGUUUCAUAUACUUGUGAAACAGCUGGCCAUUUUUUCAUGUAUCAUGUCUUAGCUCGCUGGGAAGAAUUCCUUAGUAAAGUCAAACCUGGCAAAAAUCGAACAGUAUCUGUAGAAAAGAUUGCAGAAUGUUUCCCUUUUAAGAAAUUUUUUGAAGGAGCUCCACAACCUCUGUUUCAUGGCAAGUCUUAUGCUGAAGAUACAGAAAUAGCUGAAGGUUGCUUUCGUUAUAUAAAGAAGAUUUUUUCUCAGUUGGAGGAAUUUCGAGCAUUUGAGCUUCUUCGCAGUGGUUUAGAUCGAUCACAGUAUUUGCUUGUGAAAGAAGCAAAAAUAAUAGCUAUGACAUGCACACAUGCUGCAUUGAAAAGGAAAGAAUUGGUAGAACUUGGCUUUACAUAUGAUAACAUUCUGAUGGAAGAGUCUGCCCAAAUUUUAGAAAUAGAAACAUUUAUUCCUCUUUUGCUGCAGAACCCAAAAGAUGGGUUUAACCGUCUGAAGAGGUGGAUUAUGAUAGGUGAUCAUCAUCAGUUGCCACCUGUAAUUAAAAACAUGGCCUUUCAAAAAUACAGUAAUAUGGAGCAAUCAUUAUUUACUAGAUUUGUCCGACUUGGCGUACCAACAAUAGAUCUGGAUGCUCAGGGUCGUUCAAGACCUAGCAUUUGUGAACUGUAUAGAUGGCGCUAUAAGAAUUUAGGAAAUCUGCCUCAUGUUUUGAACUUACCUGAAUAUAAAAUGGCUAAUGCUGGUUUCUGGUUUGACUAUCAACUCAUAAAUGUUGAAGAUUUUAAUGGCGUUGGUGAAUCAGAACCUAAUCCUUACUUUUAUCAGAACUUAGCUGAAGCAGAAUAUGUUGUUGCUGUCUUCAUGUACAUGAGAAUCCUUGGGUAUCCAGCUGAAAAGAUAUCUAUCUUAACCACAUAUAAUGGACAAAAGCAUCUGAUCCGUGAUGUUGUAAAUAAAAGAUGUGCUGAAAAUCCCGUUUUUGGACGACCUCACAAAGUAACCACAGUUGAUAAAUAUCAAGGACAGCAAAAUGAUUAUAUCCUUUUGUCUUUAGUUAGAACAAAAGCAGUGGGUCAUCUGAGAGAUGUACGUCGCUUAGUUGUUGCCAUGUCACGAGCAAGACUUGGAUUGUAUAUAUUUGCACGAGUAUCAUUAUUCCAAAAUUGUUUUGAACUUGCUCCGUCAUUUAAAAUUCUUAUGCAGAGACCUCUUGAGUUACAUCUUCUGCCACAUGAAACCUAUCCAAGCUUGAGAAAACAUAAUGAAAUUCCUAUAUGUGAACCUUUUAUUGUGUAUGAUAUGCCACAAAUGGCAAAAUUUGUAUUUGAUUUUUAUCAGCAGAAACUAGAAUUUGUGAAACAACAUGUCCAAGAAAAUAAAAAUUAAUUUAGAAAAGA